AGAUGAAGUGGCUAUCUGUCCUGCCCCAGCAGUGUAUUUUGCUGAUGACAUGCCUACUAAUGGCCUUGGAAGCUGUACCUAUAGACAUAGAUAAGACAAAAGUCAAAGGAGAAGGCCACGUAGAAGGAGAGAAGGUAGAAAAUCCAGAUACAGGACUUUAUUAUGAUGAAUAUCUCAGGCAAGUAAUAGAUGUCUUGGAAACAGAUAAGCAUUUCAGGGAGAAACUCCAGACUGCUGACAUAGAGGAAAUAAAGAGUGGAAAACUAAGCAGAGAGCUUGACUUAGUAAGUCACCAUGUGAGAACACGGCUGGAUGAACUAAAAAGACAAGAGGUGGCAAGAUUAAGAAUGUUAAUUAAAGCUAAAAUGGAUUCUGUUCAAGACACUGGCAUAGACCAUCAGUCUCUUCUUAAACAGUUUGAGCACCUGAACCAUCAGAAUCCUGACACAUUUGAACCUAAAGACUUAGAUAUGUUGAUCAAAGCAGCUACAAGUGACCUGGAAAACUAUGAUAAGACCCGCCAUGAGGAGUUUAAGAAAUAUGAGAUGAUGAAAGAACAUGAGAGGAGAGAAUAUUUAAAAACACUGGAUGAAGAAAAGAGGCAGCGAGAAGAAUCCAAAUUUGAGGAGAUGAAGAAAAAACAUGGAGAUCACCCUAAAGUUCACCAUCCUGGAAGCAAAGAUCAACUGAAAGAGGUGUGGGAAGAAGCAGAUGGACUAGAUCCUAAUGAAUUUGACCCUAAAACGUUUUUCAAAUUACACGAUGUCAAUAAUGAUGGUUUCCUGGAUGAACAAGAAUUAGAAGCCCUAUUUACUAAAGAGCUCGAAAAAGUUUAUGAUCCCAAAAAUGAAGAGGAUGACAUGGUUGAAAUGGAAGAAGAAAGGCUGAGAAUGAGAGAACAUGUAAUGAAUGAGGUUGACGUCAAUAAGGACCGACUAGUGACUUUGGAGGAGUUCCUGCGAGCUACAGAGAAAAAGGAAUUUUUGGAGCCAGAUAGCUGGGAGACACUAGAUCAACAGCAGCUUUUCACUGAGGAGGAGCUGAAGGAAUUUGAAAGUCAUAUUUCUCAGCAGGAAGAUGAACUUAGAAAGAAGGCAGAAGAUCUUCAGAAGCAGAAGGAAGAGCUACAGAGGCAGCACGACCAGCUUCAGGCUCAGAAACAAGAGCUGCAGCAGGUUGUAAAACAGAUGGAACAAAAGAAAUUACAGCAAGGAAAUCCUCCUGCAGGACCAGCUGGAGAACUGAAAUUCCAGCCCCCUGGGGAACACAAAGUUGGAGAUGCACCAAAACAUCCCGCGGGAGGUGAUCAGCCUUUACCACCAGGACAUGUCCAAGAACCAGCUGCUAGAACUGAUCAAGUUCACCCUUAACCACUUGUGCCUCAACUUUAUAGCAUCUUUAUUACGGGGGGGUGGGGGGAGGGGGAGGCAGGAAAUCAGAGCAAAAUGUGAACUCUCCACUUUCUUCCCCAGAUUCUAAAAUCAUUGGGAGUGUUAGAGAUGAAGUAUCAAUCAGAUCUGAAUCAUACAUUAGACUAACUUUCUCUCUGGUGCAUCCGUGAGAAACACAACAAAGGGAUCAUUUAGAGGUUGUAAUGGAGGAGGGAAUUAAGGAAACUAUCAGUACUAAACGGUGUUUAUGGUCAGGGGACUGAGCUCUUCAACUCUUCCCUUAGAAAAAGGGAGGAGAUGUCUGCCAUUCUGUGUUUAGGCACGAAUCGGAAUCUUCUCAGAGAGAAAGCAGGGAACUGGCCUGAAUGUCAAGUUAGUUUUAUGUAGAAAUUCUUUCCAGAAAUGCUGAGAAGCAAAAUAGGGGGAAACGAAGACCAUAGAUAAAGGCCUACCAUUUUCAGCACUACCAAACCCUUUCUUCUUUGAGACCAAAUAAAAAUCCAACUUCU